CCAAUGGAUUAGUAUCUCAUACAUUGUCUUUUUUGAAUCAGUUACCAGUGUUGGUGUUUGGAUGAAGAAGUGUUAAUUUUUCAACACUACACAUCAAACUGAGUUGAUAAUUGGAUCUUUUGCAGUUGUGAUAAUUGAGUCGCUCACUACGUAAAGCAGUAAGUCAUCAAUGUAAAGGAUCAGUUUUACAAAAAUGUCUGGGAGCUUAAUAAAUAACUUGGAUUCUGUGUCGAGGGUAUAGAAUUAUGAAAGACAUCAGUGAGAUGCCCAAUGGUGAUGGAGGAUUUGUACAAGACGGAAGAGAAGAAGAGGAGAGAGCCAAAGAACGUAGACUAACACCGUACGAAAGGUUGUCAAACGAUUUAUCCAACGACCAAAAAUGUCUGAAGGAAAUCACUCUCGGAAAGAGGAUUGGAUUUUAUCGGAUUCGAGGAGAACUCGGAAGUGGAAAUUUUUCUCAAGUCAAAAUGGGCAUUCAUGCACUAACAAAAGAAAAAGUUGCAAUAAAGAUCCUAGAUAAAACAAAGCUGGACCAAAAGACUCAGCGACUCUUGUCAAGAGAAAUCUCCAGUAUGGAGCGACUCCACCACCCCAACAUUAUCCGCUUGUAUGAAGUGGUAGAGACCCUGGCUAAACUCCAUAUAGUGAUGGAGUAUGCUGGGGGUGGAGAACUCUUCACGAAGAUUUCCAAUGAGGGUAAAUUUCCUGAGUCAGAAGCCAAACACAUAUUUGCUCAAACGAUAGCAGGUGUUCAGCAUAUGCAUAAGCACCACAUCAUACAUCGUGAUCUCAAGGCAGAAAAUGUGUUCUAUGCUGGUUCUCGGAUGGUGAAGAUUGGUGACUUUGGAUUCAGCACCCACUGUCGGCCAGACCAUACUUUGAACACUUUUUGUGGUUCACCCCCUUACGCGGCCCCUGAACUCUUCAAAGAUGAGAGUUAUUUUGGCACAUAUGUAGAUAUAUGGGCUUUAGGAAUUAUGUUAUAUUUCAUGGUAACAGGAGUAAUGCCAUUCAGGGCAGAUACUGUAGCAAGACUGAAAAAAUGCAUUCUGGAAGGACAGUACACAAUUCCAUCUUAUGUAUCAGAUAGCGGACAGUUUCUUAUUAGAAGUAUUCUUAAACCUGUGCCUCAAGACAGAUUCACACUAGCAGAAAUUCAAAAAAGUGAAUGGUUAGAGGGCCAGGAAUUUCCAGUGGAGUUAGAACCAUAUAAUGUUAAUCCAUCUCAAGAUACGUCUAGUCUUUCAAGAGAGGAGAAAGAUGCCCGCAGAAUUUUGCAAGAUUUAGGAAUCACAAAUGAACAUAUCCAGUCAGGUCAUCGGGACUCUCGAAGCAGCAUUACAGGUACAUACAGGAUAGUUCUACAUCGUGUGCAGAAAAAGAAAUCCGGUUUGAGUGAUUCAGAGAGUGAUCUACACGGGUCGGAAAAACCGACCAGUAAUGACAAAGCCAAAUCUGCUCCCUAUAUAAAGAAGGAAUCCAAAGUGUGCACUAUCUUGUGAUGUUUCUUAUAGGUAUAGGAAUUACAUAAAGUGCUUUGAAACUUUUAAAACUUAGUCUGGACUAAGGAUUUAGUUCAAAUGGUGCAAUUUUUAUCUCAAUCUUUCACCAGGCGCAGUAAUGAAAUUGAAGAAGACUGAGAGAGAACUGUAAUUGUGAUCAGACUGUGUGAUUUCUAUUUUUUACCAAACUAGGAGCUUUAUUUUGAAACAGUUUUACCAUUGAUUUUUUUUCAAGAAAUGUUUUAUGGAAAGAUUUACAUAGGUAGUUUACGAAUCUUUGUAAGGAGACACAAUUGAUUUUUUUUUUAAACCUCUCUCAAGUUCUUAAUGUUGGCACAAUUAGCAUAUCUCAUUUUCCAGUCCUUACACAUUAAGCUUUCACUCAGCGCAAUGUUCAAAUAAUUUUCUUUUUUAUUAGCAAAGAUAAAAGAACAUUACAUGUAGUUCCAUGUAUUUUUCUGUAAAAUGAAGAAAAAGAGAUAUCUGUACAUGUAUUAUCUUAAAUGUAAGCCAAAUCUGUUUACUAUGUACAUGUGUUUACCUUGAAUUCUAGAAAUUGAUUUUUCUUUUCUAGUGUAUAUUUGAAUUUCUCCCUCAAACCCUGACCAGAAUCUGUUGUGUACAUGUAUUAUUCAUACCAAAAAUGGAAUGUAGCCCAAAAUUCAUAGAUUGAUUGGUGUUAAAACAAUGGUGUAAGACCUUGUUGGCUCAAUGCUAGGCGAGUUUUGUAUCUGUCUCCUUUGUUACUUGCAGCAUCAUGUUUAAAUACCUGUCUUUGUUUUCUGAUGAAAAAAACAAACAAACAAAACAAACAAACAAUGUUUAAACAUGUCAAUGUAUAAGGCUUCUUUUUUUCUCUGUGGGAAUUAAUUUUCAAGUUUUUUUAAUCUGCAAGUUGAAAUUGUUCAACGUAUUUGGAAUGAUCAUGUUACUGUGUACAACUUGCUAUAGUGUAAGGUCUCUAAGGGCGUAAGCUUUACAGUUAAUACAAACAAUGUUUGAGUUUUUUGUUAGUAAUUUAAUCAACUUUAUAAAUCUUGGUCACGCUUACAACAUUUUAUAGAAGCAAAGAUCGUAAAGACUGAUAGGGUAGUUUAAUUAAGUUUGUUUUAGAUGGAAUCAUACUAUUUCAUACACCCUACAUGAUACCAUAUUAUUAUGGGGUUAUUUAUUUUUUGCAAUAUACAUAUUGCAGGUGAAACAAUUAUUUACACAAUCUUAAAUCAUUAAAAAAUUAUUGGACUAUAUUUCUGUUCCAGUGUGAAUUCAUGAUCUAAAAAUAUAUACCUCUCUCUGUUGCAAAGUUAGUCAUGUUGCCUCGUUAAUAAUCAUGCAAGUUAUUGCAUAUGGCAUUGUGUUAUAUCCAUAAAUUAUGAACAGUACAAUGUAUAAAUGCUUCAAAAAAUACUUUCUGAAAAAAUAAGACAAAUUUAUAAUUGCUGUUAUAUAGUAGAAAAAUUUUGUUUAUCUACUUUUUUUUUUAUAUAAGUCAAUGGUUUUGAUGUACUUUAUCUUAUAACACUUUAUAUUCAAUUUGUUGAAUUUCAUGUAGAAAAUUAGACUUUAUAU